AAUGCGCUGUUGCUCUAUUUGUAGUAUCCUCAAGCCUUCAUGACGGACAAUUCUGCCGCAGAAAAAGCAGCCCUGCAAGCUGUUUGGCCCCAGGGGACACAGCUGCUUUGCUUUUUUCAUGUUGCACAAGCAGAGUGGAGGUGGCUCACGGCAGCUCGCAACAACAUCGGAAAAGAGCAGAGAAAAAGUCUCAUGUCAGCAUUCCGGCAGAUCAUGUAUGCUGACAGCACUGAAAAGCUGGAGAGUGCUAUCAAAAACUUCCGAGAGAGUUCCCACACAUCAUAUCUAUCACGUGUGGAAGCCUUUUUGGACCGGAAAGAAGAGUGGGUGCUGUUGUUUCGUAGCAAGCUCACAACACGUGGCCACAACACCAAUAAUUUUGCAGAGGCUUCCAUUCGGAUUUUGAAAGAUAUUGUUCUUUCAAGAACAAAAGCAUUUAAUGCUGUGGCUCUAGUGGAGUCAAUAUCAGAAGUAUGGGAGCUCUACUUCAAGAGCAGAAUUUUAAAGCACGCGCACAACCGUGUCCCCACACACCAGCUGCUCUACGACAGCCUUCUGAAGAAAACACCAGAAGGAGCUCAGGCAUCAGUCGUCUCACUUGGGGACAACUGCUUUUUGGUGCCAAGCUUCCAAAAGAACGGCGAAAUUUAUGAUGUGUGCGGAGAUAUAGGCACGUGUACAUGCCGAGCUGGUUGCACAGGUGCCUUCUGCAAGCACCAGGCGCUUGUACACAAACAUUUUGGUGGUAUUUUUCCGAACUGCCCAGCACUGACAAUAACUGACCGCCAUGAACUGGGAAGACUGGCCCUCGGAGAUUUGUGCCCAGGCAUAGAGUUUUUUUCAAACUUCUGCGACACCAACGAAGUGCAAAGUGAGCAUGGCCCAGCACUUCAACAAGAAAUGUGUCCUGCUAAUGCAAACGAGAGUGAAGAGAGAGCAGACCCUCCAGCUGUCCUUGGACGAGAAGUGUGUCCAACAUCAGGCCUCGAGCAGCAAGACAGCCAGGUGUGUGCCACUUUCCAUGCUCAGGUUAAUCAAAAGUGGGAUGUGGACAACAACCUUGAAGCUCUCUUUGAGCAGAUGCGGCAGAUUCAUGCUGAGGAGAAAGGCAACGAAACGUACAGAAGGCACCUGCUCAGUGGCACUAAACGCCUAAAGAGAUUGCAAGAGCAGAAGCGUGGUAUUGGGGCCAUGAUGGCUAUGGAUGCUGCUUUAGGCCUCGAGUUAAGGCGUGGGCGUUGUAUUAAAGUGCAGCCCACAGCAACUUCAAGACGACGUCCAGGAGUGACAAGAGGCUCCAAGCGAGUAGCAGCGGGACGACCACCAAGUGGCCCUUCACCUAAGCGAGCAAAGAAGCGGCGUCAUGUGCUGCAGCAGAGUGUAGAUGAUAACAUUCCACAUGUGAAGUUGCAUGGCUAUGGACAUUGA